UGUCGUAAAACCAAUAGGGCGAUGUACGGCAUUUGUUGAGCAAUAGGAGCAAUUCUUGAUGUUGACUUUUUGGUCUACUGUAACACCACACGCCUUCUAUCAAUCUAGUAAGUUCUAAACUAUAUUUGGUUCAAGUCAAAGUAUUUAAUUUGAUGGUUUAGUGUAGUUAAAUACGCCUAAAUAGUGGGCCAAGUCCAAAUGAGUCGUCGGGGUUCGCCUCUGUGAAUAAAGGGAAGAACAUAACUCUGUUACAUCCACUCAUUCUCAGCCAAAUAAGCGAUGCUGGUCACCGUUUUCUGCGCACCGAGGGAUCGCCCAGAAAGCACAUUUGCCCUCGAUGUGUCCCCGGAAUUGGAGCUGAGAGACUUUGUAGCACUUUGUGAACUCGAAUCAGGAAUCCCUGCUGGGGAAAUUCAGAUUACCUAUGUAGAGCAGCCCCUAAAAGACCUGACCCGUGCCUUGGGGACCUACGGCGUGAAGGAUGGAGAUGUGGUGGUUCUUAGACAAGCGAACAGACCACCGCCAACUCAGCCGGCCUUUCCAGGUCUGCCCCAUAUCGACUUUAGCUCCAUCACAGUCCCAGGCACCUCUUCUUCCACGGCUCCUCGUAGUACUGUCAUGCCACCGCAACAGAUUCCACAGCAGAGGCAACAACAACAACAACAACAGCCGCAGCUGUCACCGCUGCAGCAACAACAACAACAACAACAACAACAGCAGCAGCCGCAGAAUUGCGCACAAACCUCCGCACCAACGACCAGUCGCGGCUCCACUUCUCCUCAGGGGAUGGAUGACCCUGCCUUACUUCAGCAAAUGCUCCUUUCCAAUCCACACGAGCUGUCUCUCCUGAAAGAGCGAAACCCGCCUCUGGCCGAGGCUCUGCUGAGCGGAGAUUUAGAGCGCUUCACCAAAGUGUUGCUGGAGCAACAGCAGGACCGAGCGAAGCGUGAGCAGGAGCGAAUCCGACUGCUGACCGCAGAUCCUUUCGAUUUGGAUGCGCAGGCGAAAAUCGAGGAGGAUAUCAGGCAGCACAACGUAGAAGAAAAUAUGACCAUUGCCAUGGAGGAGGCCCCAGAAAGCUUUGGGCAGGUGGUUAUGCUCUACAUUAACUGCAAAGUCAACGGGCACCCAGUGAAAGCUUUUGUUGACUCAGGCGCUCAAAUGACCAUAAUGAGCCAAGCGUGUGCCGAGCGAUGCAACAUCAUGCGCCUCGUGGAUCGCCGCUGGGCAGGGAUUGCCAAGGGAGUGGGCACGCAGAAGAUCAUCGGCAGAGUUCAUUUGGCUCAGGUCCAGAUUGAAGGGGAUUUUCUUCCCUGUUCUUUCUCCAUCUUGGAGGACCAGCCCAUGGACAUGCUCCUUGGCCUGGACAUGCUGAAGAGACACCAGUGUUCAAUCGACUUGAAGAGAAACGUGCUUCUCAUUGGCACGACAGGCACGGAGACUCGCUUCCUGUCUGAGGCUGAGCUGCCCGAAUGCGCCCGGCUGGCAUACGGGCCCGAGGGACGUGAAGAGGGUCGUCCGGAAGAGAUAGCGGACAGGGAGCUGGCUGAAGCGCUUCAGAGGUCCAUACAAGAAAGCGCAGAGCAGCACUGAUGCAAAUGGAGACAGCUGGAGAGGUCCAAACAAUCAGACACUGCAGAUGGACAGACUACCUCACCACAGCCGCAGUCAUCGUCACUUCCCACAAUCUCAGACCAAAUGUCCUCAUCAACCACUCAUCCCUCCAUCAGACCUGCCCC